AUGGAGUACUUUACAAGAUUGCUGGCCGCACUACAAAAGGAGAAAGAGUUCAAAUACCACCCUAAGUGUGUCAAAAUGAAGAUCAUUCAGAUGGUUUUUGCUGAUGAUCUCUUGUUAUUUUGCAAGGGAGAUUUCCAGUCCGUAAAGCACUUAACUAGAUGCUUUGAACAAUUUUCAAUGGCCUCUGGAUUACAAGCUAAUCUUGCAAAGAGCUCAAUAUAUUUUGGUGGAGUUAAAGAUGUUUUUGUGCUUCCAAGAAAGGUGCUCCAGCUUUUAGAAGACACUUGUAGAAGGUUUUCAUGGAUUGGAUCAGCUAACAACGCUAAGAAAGCUCUUAUAGCAUGGGAUAAACUCUGCAUUACUACUACUACUGGGGGCCUAAAUUUCAUCUCUAUGACAGCUUGA